AAGUGCGGACGUCAACGCCACCUGUCCAUUGAUCCGCAGUGAUUGACGUACAGACCGGGGGUCCCCGCAAGUGCUGGCGGACACCAACAGCAGGUGCCGGAGAAGAGUGUGUGUGUAAUUAUAGACGACACAAGAGAGAGAGAGACUCAUUAUAGCUUCGCUACGACCCUUGGGCGAUUUAAUUAUAGACCUCUAUAGCCUGAAGGCGGCGUGGUGAUAAUUAUAGACGCGGUGCAUGAUGACUGUGGAGGUGUGCGGGCGGGUAUCGGAGCCCAAUGUGUCACCGGGGGGCUCCAGUAACAGCGACGACGCCCAUCUCGACGAUGUCCACAGCGAGGGCGGCGUAGCGUCGCCACCCGCCCGCGACGCUACCGAAGCGCCCGUCCACCGCCCGAAAUUCAUGAUCACGGACAUCUUGGCCCAGCGGGCGCCGCCCACGCCCACGGACGAGGGCGGGGGAGCGCCCGUCAGGCCUGCCAGCGACGCCCACAAGGGCCUCAGUGGUCAAGACGAUGAACAGAUGGUUGAGGACGCGGGCCAUCACGAUGAAGACAGUAACGACACAGGUCCAGCGGCCAAGAAACAACGGAAGGCGCGGACAGCCUUCACAGACAACCAGUUACAGACGCUGGAAAAGAGUUUCGAGCGGCAGAAGUACCUAAGUGUCCAGGACCGCAUGGAACUGGCCGCCAAGCUCAACCUGACCGACACCCAAGUCAAGACCUGGUACCAGAACAGACGGACCAAGUGGAAGCGUCAGACGGCGGUCGGGCUCGAGCUCUUGGCCGAGGCUGGCAACUACGCCGCUUUGCAGAGGCUCUACGGGCCUACCUACGGCUGGCCCUACCCGCCGCAACCGUCCACCGCAGCCGCCGCAGCCGCAGCCUCCGUCGACCUGUACUACCGCCAAGCCGCAGCUGCCGCAGCCUUACAGAAGCCGCUGGCCUACCGCCUGUACCCGCCCGGCCUGCCUAUCCUGCCGCCUGUGCCCUCGGAUCCGCUAAGAGAUGCCCUGAGACCAGAAACCCUGAGACCUGAAGCCGUCAGGCCGGAUCUCCUACGAGCGGAGCUGAGACCCGAGGCCCUGAGGCUAGACCGGACGGAGCUCUUGAAGGUACAAGAGUCCGGAAAGCUGGACAGUCGUGUCUUCUCCCUCGACGCCAGGUUAAUGAUGUCGUCGCCCUCUAGAGACGCCGACGACGUCGACAUGCCCCUAGGGGACGCAGGGCGAUCCUUAAGCAGCGUCCUGCGAGCCUCAGCUUCCCCGUCUCCUCCACACUGUUCAUCUCCGGCAGAUCUCCGUGUUAGGAGCUCCCCUGAACCUACAAACGACCAUUCGAAACCCUCGCAUUGAAUCCUUCAAUUAUCCUCCCUUCUUCCUCUACUCAUUUACUUUCAUCAUUUCUCUCCUUCUCCUCUUUCUCUUCUAUCAUUCCUCCAGCCAUAUAUUGAUGUCGGAUGUAUAAAAAAAAACUAAAUCAAUAAAUCCUGCUUCGGUGUACCAAUAUGUACAAAGUUAGACCGUUUGUUAGAAUAGAUUAACAUAGGCGUAUUAAUUAAGUAAUUAUAGUUCUUAAUAAUGUACAGAUGGAUUUAUAGAAUGGAUAUUUAACCCGACGAUCCAACUACCCCCUUACCCCUACCCCCCCACUUAUUUGUAUAUAGUUAUAAAUUAGUAAUACUUUGUCAAGAUCUGAGUUAGACAACAUGUUUUGAUGACUGUGAGCGCGUUGCCAUCAUAGUCUGAUUGAACGAGAUCGCGUCUGUGUCACGUUUAAUCACGUACCAAGUUACUUAUACCAAAGAAAUUAGAAGAGUCAGGAUUUUAUUGAGAGCUGGGCUUUAUCCAGACCUAUAAAAACCUGGGUUUUGUCUAAAUCAAGACACCAAGACUUUAUCCAGACGAAAAAAACUGGUCUUUAUCCAAACCAAGAUACCAGGGCUUUAUCUAGACCAAGAAACCUAGGGUUUAUCCAAAAAUGUUUGGGCUUUAUCCAGACCAAAAAACCUAGGGUUUAUCCAAAAAUGUUUGGUCUUUAUCCAGACCAAAAAAUCUAGGGUUUAUCUAAAGAGGUUUGGGCUUUAUCCAGACCAAGAAACCUGGACUUUAUCCAAAGAGACAGGGCUGGAUCCCUCUCUUCCUUUUCCCUGGCACCGCCCCCCCCUCCUCCCUCCUUAACCCCCCCCCCACAUCAUCUGCGGCCCAAGCCCUAAAUCCCCUUCCCCCUAUUUCCAUCCCCAGGACCCCCUCCCCACGCCCCCCUACCCCCCCCCUCACCCAGCAGUAACAACUAGGCUAAGUUGUCGCUCUAGUCAAGUGCUACAAGCGAUGCUGUUGGCUGAACUUGGUGUUGUAAUAGUUUAAGUCCGUGUCAUCUACAUUGUUAAAUAAAGUUGGAAACAAU